AUGCGUAAAAAUUGUAAUUCCAUUGCUGACUAUGACCCCUCCUCCCUUUGCAGAUACAUUCGCUGGGUGGAAGAGACCUAUCCCUCUCUGGGCGCCGCCUCUGAGCUUCGUAGCAUCCUCUAUCGAUGUGUGAAGGAGACCUGCGGCUUGGAAGGCGUCCACAAUCACCCCAUCUACGUUGACGCCUGGCUCAAGCUGCCGUCUCGUACCAAUGCUUGUGGAGUGGAUGUGUUUGACCUUUCCACCGAAAGAAUUACGGGAAAGGUGAAUUACUGUGAUGCCCCCACAGAACUCUUCAAUCUCCUCUUCUACAAAGGGGUGGGCACACUGAGCGCUAAAUUCUACAUCAGUUGGAUAGAGCACAUCCAGCAUCUUCCUGAGAAGGCCUCCACGCAGCCCUUGAAAAAGUGGGCUCGUCUCGCCUCCAUCCUCGCGCACGGCUUGCGUGCCGGCGCUCAGCCCAUCGUUCUGCUCGAAGACCGUGCUGAGUAA